CCACUUCUCUUUUGUUCUUGCUCUCCUCCAAAAGGAAAUCCCUAAAACCCAAUAACUCGAAAAGCAACCCUAAUUACGAUGUCGGAUCAGAAAAACGACGCCGGAACUUCUCAGGCGAAUGCUCCGGCGAAGGAUCCAAAGAAGAAAGAGGACCAAAAGAAGAAAGAUGAUGAGGAUCUGUCUGAGGAGGAUUUGGCUUUGAAACAACAGUUGGAGUUAUAUGUAGAGAGAGUUCAGGAUUCCGAUCCUGGGUUACAGAAAGUAGCUCUUGAGAGCAUGAGGCAUGAAAUCCGGACUUCAACAAGCUCUAUGACUUCUGUUCCGAAGCCAUUGAAGUUUCUCCGUCCUCAUUAUGGAACCCUAAAAGCUUUUUACGAGACAAUGCCAGAAUCUGAUUUAAAGAAAUACUUGGCCGAUAUCCUGUCUGUGUUGGCACUGACCAUGUCUGCAGAGGGAGAGCGGGAGAGUUUGAAGUACAGAUUGUUGGGUUCAGAAGGUGAUAUUGGUUCGUGGGGUCAUGAGUAUGUGAGGAACUUGGCUGGAGAAAUUGCACAAGAGUAUGGGAAGCGACAGAGUGAAGAGGCUGCAAUUGAAGAUCUAAUGGAGCUUGUGCAACAGAUUGUUUCAUUUCACAUGAAGCACAAUGCUGAACCUGAAGCUGUUGAUCUCUUGAUGGAGGUUGAGGAUCUUGACCUUUUAAUUGAGCAUGUUGAUAAGACAAAUUUCAAGAGAACUUGUCUAUACCUCACCAGCGCUGCUAGAUACCUUCCUGGACCAGAUGACAUGUUAGUUUUGGAUAUUGCAUACUCAAUAUAUCUUAAGUUUGAGGAAUUCGCGAGUGCACUUCAAAUUGCACUUUCCCUUGACAACAUGCAGCAUGUGAGACAGGUGUUUACAACUUGUGAUAAUCAGCUAAAGAAGAUGCAAUUUUGCUACAUUCUUGCUCGACAUGGGAUCACCUUUGAGCUUGAUGAUGAGAUGGUUGCAGAUGAUGAUGAAAGAGAGACAUUACAGGAUAUCAUCAACAAUACUAAAUUAAGUGAAAGUUAUCUCACCCUUGCUCGUGAUAUCGAGGUUAUGGAGCCUAAAUCUCCAGAAGAUAUCUAUAAGGCUCACUUGCUUGAUGGCCGUGCUAGUGCUGGUGCAAGUGUUGAUUCAGCUAGACAGAAUUUGGCUGCUACGUUCGUCAAUGCAUUUGUUAAUGCUGGUUUUGGCCAGGAUAAGUUAAUGACAGCACCAGCAGACUCUUCAAUUGGUGGUUCAUCUGGAAAUUGGCUUUUCAAAAACAAAGAACACGGGAAGACCAGUGCCGCAGCAAGUCUGGGUAUGAUUCUAUUGUGGGAUGUCGACUCUGGGCUUGCUCAGAUUGACAAGUAUUUCCAUAGCAAUGAUAACCAUGUGAUUGCUGGAGCAUUAUUAGGAGUUGGGAUUGUCAAUUGCGGUGUUAAGAAUGAUUGUGACCCUGCACUGGCUCUAUUGAGUGAUUAUAUUGGUAAAGAGGAUUCUUCAGUCCGUAUUGGUGCAAUUAUGGGUUUGGGAAUUGCAUAUGCUGGUGCCCAGAAUGAGCAGAUCCGUAGCAGCUUGACUCUGAUACUUAAUGAUGCAAAGGCUCCCCUUGAUGUGAUAGCAUUUACUGCAAUUUCAUUGGGUUUGAUAUACGUGGGUUCCUGCAAUGAGGAGGUUGCACAGGCUAUUAUAUUUGCUUUAAUGGACCGAAGUGAGUCAGAGUUGGGGGAGCCCCUCACUCGUCUUCUGCCACUUGCUCUUGGUCUUUUAUACCUUGGGAAGCAGGAAAGAGUGGAGGCGACUGCGGAGGUCUCAAAGACGUUCAAUGAAAAAAUAAGAAAAUAUUGUGAUAUGACACUACUUUCUUGUGCUUAUGCUGGAACUGGGAAUGUUCUGAAGGUCCAAAACCUUCUUGGUCAUUGUGCUCAGCAUCUUGAGAAGGGCGAAACCCACCAAGGUCCAGCUGUGCUUGGUAUCGCCAUGGUAGCAAUGGCUGAAGAAUUGGGUCUUGAUAUGUCAAUUCGUUCACUAGAGCAUCUUUUGCAGUAUGGUGAGCAGAAUAUCCGUCGUGCAGUUCCUUUGGCUCUUGGUCUUCUUUGUAUAUCAAACCCAAAGGUUAAUGUUAUGGACACAUUAAGCAGGCUUAGUCAUGAUUCGGAUUCAGAAGUUGCAAUGGCUGCAGUUAUCUCCUUGGGUUUAAUAGGUGCUGGAACCAAUAAUGCUCGCAUUGCUGGCAUGCUUCGCAAUCUUUCAAGUUAUUACUACAAGGAUGCUAGCCUUCUCUUUUGUGUGCGAAUUGCUCAAGGUUUAGUUCAUUUGGGGAAGGGUCUAUUGACUCUUAAUCCAUAUCAUUCUGACCGCUUUUUGCUAUCACCGACUGCACUUGCUGGUUUGGUUACAAUGUUGCACGCAUGCCUCGAUAUGAAAGCUAUGGUACUGGGAAAAUACCAUUAUGUCCUCUACUUCAUUGUUCUGGCAAUGCAGCCAAGGAUGUUGAUGACCGUCGACGAAAACCUCAAACCUCUAUCGGUCCCAGUCCGUGUAGGUCAAGCUGUUGAUGUUGUUGGGCAGGCUGGUCGACCCAAGACUAUCACUGGCUUCCAAACUCAUUCCACUCCGGUUCUUCUUGCUGCCGGUGAUAGAGCAGAACUGGCUACCGAAAAGUAUAUUCCCCUUUCACCCAUCCUGGAGGGGCAUGUUAUUUUGAAAGAAAACCCAGACUACAGAGAGGAUAGUUAAGUUAAAAAGCAAGAACUCGGCCGCUACUUCCAUGGUUGGUGACUGUAAUGUGACACCGUUUUUAAACAAAUUUUCGAACUUUAUUAUUAUUUUUUUCAUGAUAAAGUUUUUUAAGUCAGAACGACUAGAUAUGAAAAUGUUAGUUAAACCAGGCAAGCUUUCUUUA